CCAGGAAUACAACCUACCUUUGCUAUGGUUGUUUUGCAUCAAUGCCCCUUGGUGAGAUCUAAGCUGCUGCAACUGAUUCUUCUCCUCACAGCCUGCGAAAUGCGGAGUGGGCAGCUCCAUUAUUCUGUGCCAGAAGAAUCCCAGCAUGGCACCUUUGUGGGUCGCAUCGCCCAGGAUCUGGGGCUGGAGGUGAGUGAGCUCAUGCCACGGAUGUUCCGGAUGGUGUCCCAAGGCCGCAGAGACUAUUUUGAGGUGAACCUCCAGAAUGGAAUUUUAUUUGUUAAUUCCCGGAUAGACCGGGAGGAGCUGUGCAUCAAGACGCCGGUGUGCAUCAUUCACCUGGAAGUGAUCCUGGACAACCCCCUGAGAAUCUUCCAUGUGGAAGUGGAGAUCAAGGACAUAAAUGACAAUGCGCCCCUAUUCCCGGCAGCUGAGCAAAAACUGGUUGUUGCAGAAUCUAGACUUCCAGGCUCAUCAUUCCCACUAGAGGGAGCCUCUGAUGACGACAUUGGUUCAAAUUCUCACCUCAGCUACAAAAUCAGUCCAAAUGAACAUUUCACCUUAGAUGUUCAAAACAACGACGAACAUGGUGAGUCUUUAGUUCUUGUGUUACAGAAGCCUCUUGAUAGAGAGUUAACCCAUAUGUAUAAUUUAUUACUUACAGCCACUGAUGGGGGUAAACCAGAACAGACUGGCACUGCUCAUGUAGUGAUCAAUGUGCUGGAUGUAAAUGACAAUGCACCAGUUUUUAAUCAGUCUGUGUAUAAAAUAAAACUUUUUGAAAAUGCAAGAAUAGGAGCAAUAAUUAUCACUCUCAAUGCAACAGAUCUCGAUGAAGGAAUGAACAAAGACAUUAUAUAUUCAAUUCGAAGUGUAAAUCCUCAUAAUUUUGCUGCACUGAUUAAUUUAGACCAAAGAACUGGACAGAUCAGAUUAAAUGGAGAACUUGAUUUUGAAAGCAUUAAAGUGGGUGAAAUUGGAAUCGAAGCAACAGACAAAGGCAUCCCACCAAUAAAAGGACAGUGCAAAGUUCUGAUUGAGGUUGUGGAUGUGAAUGACAAUGCGCCAGAGGUGACCGUGUCCUCCCUGUCAGUGCCAGUGCCUGAGAACUCUCCCCCAGGGACAGUGGUGGCCCUCCUCAGCAUUUCUGAUAAGGACUCUGGGGCAAACGGGCAAGUGAGCUGUUCCCUUCACCCUCCUGGGCUCCCCUUCAAGCUGACCUCCACCUUCAAGAAUUACUACUCACUGGUACUGGCUGAGCCACUGGACCGGGAGCUGACGGCUAAGUAUAGUUUGGUGGUGAUAGCGCAAGACCAAGGGGACCCACAGCUAUCAGUGAGUAGCAGCCUGGUGGUGCCGAUCAGCGAUGUGAAUGACAACGCACCCACUUUUGCACAGCCCUCCUACACAGUCUUUGUGAAGGAAAACAACCCUCCUGGGGCUCACAUCUUCACAGUGUCUGCCUCAGACCCAGAUGUGGCCGAGAACGCCUUGGUCAGCUACUGGCUGGAUGAGAAGCUCUGGCCGCUGUCGAGCUACAUCUCGGUGCACUCGGAGAGUGGGAAGCUGUAUGCCCUGCAGCCCUUGGAUUACGAGGAGCUGAAGCUACUGGAGUUCGAGGUGAGGGCCAAGGAUGCGGGGCUGCCUUCCUUGUGUGGCAAUGUGACUGUGCAAGUGUUUGUGGUGGAUGAGAAUGACAACGGACCUGCAGUGUCUGGGCCAGACCAGGAUACCGUGACUCUGGUGAAGGUCCCAGUGGCAGCUGGACAUGUGGUGGGCAAGAUCCAUGCCCUGGAUGCUGACUCGGGAUACAAUGCCUGGCUGCGCUAUGAGUUGCAUGAUGCAGCCAGUGGCCCGUGGCGGGUGGGGCUUUACAGUGGAGAGGUCAGUACCACGCGUGCUCUGGAGGAGGCAGAGGGCGGCAACAGCCAGAGUCUGCUGGUGCUGGUGAAGGAUCACGGCAAGCCAGUAAUGUCAACCACAGCCACCUUCAGCGUGUCACUGGUGGCCAGUGCCCAGGCUGCCCAGAGUGAUGCCCGUCUCUCUGGGAUGGGAAGGAAUACAAAGCCCCUGGCAGACAAUGCUAACCUCUACCUGAUCAUCGCCAUCUGCUCCGUGUCCAGCUUGUUUUUACUGGUCAUCCUUGUGUACGUGGCACUGCGAUGCCAGAGUCAGGCCAAGGAGGCCAUGAUGUACGGUCCUGGCACAGCCACGCUGGUGUGUGCCAGUGAAGUGGGCAGCUGGUCGUAUUCCAACCGCCACAGCCACAUCCUGGCAGGGGUGAGUGGGGAGCCUGGUGCCAAGAGUGACCUCAUGGUUUUCAGCCCCAAUAUUCCUGUCAUGGCAGAGAGUGGGAAGGAGCUGGUCCCAAAUGUUGCUGGGCAGGUGAGUUGCAGCCAUUGA